AUGAAAUAUUUCUUAACAUGUGUUUUGAUAAUUCUGAUUCUGUUUAUGGUGGAAUCAGAGUCAGCUAGAAGUGGUGGAGGAGGUGGCAGAGGUCGUGGAGGUGGUGGUGGUAGAGGGUUUGGCGGUGGUGGAAGAGGGUUUGGCGGUGGUGGCAGAGUGUUUGGCGGUCGUGGAUUUGGAGGUGGUUUAAGAGGUGGACAUAGAACAAUUGGAGGAGGCUAUGGAGGUGGGAGACGAGUAGGUGUUAUCGGCUCUCCAGGUUUCGUCGGUAGACGAAGUUACUACGGAGGAGGCAUUCGACCUUAUUAUGGGAGACGAUACUACGGAGGUGGAAUUCUUCCUUUACCUGUGCCUGUUCCUAUUGUCGUGGGAGUCAGACGAUACGUUUAUUGUGACGAUGUUGGACUUGAUUAUGGUUAUGGGUAUCUUGUUCAAGGGACUGGUUACGCUUAUGGCCCAUGCUACUACUAA